GAGGCCAUUAGACCUUUCACGUUUCUAUACACACAUCAAUAAUUGCCCAUAUCGUACUGUAUGUUGAAGACAUCAAUAAAUCAAGUAAUUUUUGAGAGGAUAGCCAGAGGAUAGAUUCAGGGAAAAUAAAGUGUCGAGAACGAUGGAUCCUUGACCGUAGUUGUUUGCAAAAUGACAGAUGACCCAGAGGGAAGUGAAAAUUGCUGAAAGAGGCAAAAAUUUGGAAAAAUUCCCGAAGUAUUACCUCUGUACUCAAGAGCUGAAAUGACACAAACACACAGUUUUACCGAUUAGAUGCUUUAAGAAAAAAACAAGAUCUUGGUAAGUGUAGCUUGUGGUUUUUACACGCACAAACGCAGCUGGUACCUUCGAAACAAUUUUAAUAAUGGCUGUACUGUUUGACAUGUUUAUUUUAUAUCCCGAUUAAAUGUCUUGUUUUUACACUCCCCUCCAUCUGUUGACUGCCGCAGGGCCUCGGACCAAGCUCGAAAUACAGAACACAAAGUAAAGUAAGGACAGUUUUAGCACACGUCCCUAUUCUCUUGGCGAAUAAGGACAGAUGAAGAGAAUGCCUCCUUAUUUCCAGACGCAGUAGUUGUCCAAUUUUAUUUCCUAUUAAAUACUCUGAAACGACGACAAAAAUUUUGUCAAUUGGGUUAAAUCAACUGUAAAAUGGUGGAAAAAUCGAAAAGUCAAGUAUUUAUCACUCGUCAACCAACUAACCAUGUCAACCAUGUAUUGAAUUAUUUGCUAUUGAGCAUCGAUGAUACUCUAUCAUUUAUAAAUAGAUAGACAUAAGAACCCUCGAGUAGUGAUUCUAAUUUGGACAGAGGAAGGUGCACUGUCGCUGGCGUUGAGAACAGAAUGUUUGGUAUUUUGUAUUCGUGUUCCGUAACUCAAAAAAGACAAAAGGCGAAGUGUUUUCAUUCCCUCAAGUCCUCUCUUUAUAACCCCGCCUGAAAUGAAGAAUAUUUAUUUCCAUAGUAGCAGUGUUUGUUAGGACAAAAUGUGAGGAUAUCGAGACAAUUUUCUCUUUUUUUAUUUAUUAAAGUUUGUAAUUUGUCUCCAACAUGAACGGGCAUUCGUUUGGCAAGCACUCUUCAAGUUAUGGUCGGUUGUGCAAAAAAGCACCGUGAGUUACAGUGUGGUUGUGAGGCUAGCCAUACUGCCCGAGGAGAGCUAGUCGAUUAGGUGACAUCACUCCUGGAAAAGACUGAGACAAUCAUUGAAUCAAGUGACGUCACUGCUGGAAAACACUGAGACAAUCAGGUGACCCGAUCUCGAAGCAAAGGUAUAACUCGUGAUGCCACCGUCAUCCCAAUUCACGGCAGGGAGAUGGUUAAGAAGCCAAGAGCAAUCAAAGUUAACAUCAAUCUGAGUGUGCAUGUGCAACUUGAAGCGAACAAUCGUCUCCUUUUCGUUAAUUAACAGGACAAAUCUACCACUUCCUGAUUACUUUCCAGUAUAGAUGGACCUAUUGUUACUGGAACAAUUUUUGGAAGAAACCUUGGAUGCAUCACUAUGAUGCAUGGGAGCAUUAAAACGUAACAAUCUCCACCCAAAAUCUGGUGUUUAGCCUAGCUGACACCACUGGGAAAACGUGCCGACCCCUCCAAUUCCAGGCGAAAAUGCAGCCGCUAUCGCUACCAGCUGGCCUGUUGAUGUUCUUUGGUCUGGGACUACUCGCCACUUUUACCGGCCAGUGCAGGGGCCAGCCGGCCCUAGGGGAAAUCUACCGCUUGAAUGGCCUACAGUCCGACAUUCAGAUGGACACCUUCAGGUACUUCGGGAACCGGAUGAGGGAACAUUACCGGAGGCUGGACAGGCGGCUCCGUGGCAUCAGCUCCCGGAUAAGGAGGGCUGAACGGGAUCUCGGAGUGGAUAGCCCGCCGGAGGAGCCUUCAGGAGGGCCAGCCUUUCCGGAUAUACCAGAUGAAGAUCCAAACACCGUUGGGGUCCAGCCGGGAAACCUGCCAAAUAAGCCCGUGCCCUCGCCGCCUCCUGUCGGCCAGAUAGCGCGAACCUGUGACGAGAUCUACCGGAUGGGCUACCGGAAUGACAACGAAUACGUCAUUGACCCCGAUGGUCAGGGGCUGCGUAGCGUGCCCGAGUUCAACGUACGCUGCGAGUUGUCCAGGGGUGAAGGUGUGACGAUAGUCGGCCACAAUUACGACAGCGAGCCGGUCCUAGUUUCUGGUUAUGAACAGCCGGGAUCGUUCCAGUUGCAGAUCCGGUACACCAACGCUGACUUCGAGCAACUGGAAGCUCUCGCCGAAGCUUCAGCCAGUUGUGAACAGUAUAUCAAGAUCGUGUGUAUGGGGGCAGUCUUGUUCCGGGCCCAGCUGCGACGAGGCCAGCGGGACUACGGUUGGUGGAUCGCCCGUGACGGCACCCGUAUGAUGAGCUGGGGUGGUGUGCCGUCUUCCCCAGACAGUGGACAGUGUGCUUGUGAUUUAGACGGUUCUUGCGUCAACUCCCUCUUCAAGUGCAACUGCGACUCGAACAACAAGUUUUGGACCGAGGACUCGGGCUUCCUGACGGACAAGCGCUACCUGCCAGUGCGCAUGGUGUACCUGGGCGACACAGGUGGGACCAAGGAGAAGUCUUGGCUGACCCUGGGCGAGCUGCGCUGCAAGGGCUACAGCGGGGAUCGAAAAUAACGGCAUUCCAACAGUCAUUAGCUGUCUUGAGGUUUGGGCAAAUUCGUACGACUUUUCAUUUUCCCAAACUCUCUUUGAGUCUAGCCUAGCUCAGUUUAAUCUUUGAACGUCUCCCUGUAAAUUGAAUUAAUCAUUUUUCAUUAUUAGAAAUUUACAAAAGCCUUACGAUAUGAACAGGUACAGUGGUAUACAUGUACAAUGACUUUGAUAAGAAUAUCGGAAAUCCAUUUCCUGUUUACAAAUGACUUAAUUCAAGAAGAUUUCCAUGCCAAUAAAUUUGAGAUAAUGAAGUUGCUUAUAUAAACUUUCCAUUUUGCAUUAAAUAUAGGCAUUAACUGCAAUCGUUUUCGUAAUAGUUUCUUGCAUUCGUUUAUAAAUGUUUACUCUCCCAAAAAAUUAAGAAUCAAGGUUUGGCCAACAUUCAGGAUUUGAAAAGUAUUCAGUCUGGCUGAUGUUUUGCGAAUAAAAGAAUGUCUGUCUUUCGAUUGAAUUUUUCGAUCGAAUUACUUGAAACCUAUUUUACCACCUGUCAUAACAGUGCAUGGUAUUUUCACAGGUAAGUCUUGUCAUUAUCAGUAUUUUAUUUUAUUGUAUAAUUACAUUUUUCCGAGAUCAGAACAUCUUACUGUUUUGUGUUCAUUCGUUCCUUCUUCUGUAAAUCUUUUAUAAUGUGAAAAGAUUCCACAGUGACUGUGUUUCCAAUCGACUGGCCUGGCCCUGCGUGAUGUUGUUGAUAAUCACAUCAUUAGUUAGACAAUUUACUCAUCUCAUUGACAUGGCCUGCGCAAACAAAAUUAGAUUAAAGCAUUUCCAGUUCCUUAAAAGACACGAGCUCAUACAGGUAAUCAUUUUUAGAUAACACUGAAUAAAAACUCAUUUUUUGUCAAAAAGAAAUUUUCCAAUAUGGAUUUUAUUCCUGCAACCCUUCCAAAACGGGAAUUGUUGUGUUUUUGAAAUAAUUUUAUCUAUUUUGGGGGUUUAUCGGUAUUACAUGUAUUAAAAGAUAUAGCGCCACCAUGCGACAAAAAGUGAACAGUUUGCGUAGCCCAUGCACGUCCAUGUUGCGCAGAAGAUUCAAGACGAAUUCCGAGACACACAAAAAUGAAGGGUUCUGAAGAAUUAUGCAUGUCCUGCAAAUACGCAAACUUCAGUGGACAAUUGCUUGGUCAUCACCUGAGCAAUGGUUCAGGAUAUCUGACAGUCAUCAGCUACAUGGAGAGAGCAUCCACAGGAAAGUAAGUGCCUCAAUGCAACCUCAAAAUAGCCAGCUACAUUGUCAAGAUGCAGUAAGUUACACCGGCAAUGGGGGGAGUGGUCUGUACCCUAACAGUAACCACCACCAAAGAACAACAUGCACACAGGUGCCAUUAGGAAGCUUUAAGGUUGUGUGAUUUAUGAUAAGAAUUGAAGAAGUUUUUCUUUUGAUCACAGCUUGACUGUUAGGCUACCAAAGUAUACCUGCAUGCUUUUCAUAAACUGUAGUUGAGUUCAGACUCAUUAACCCCCUCAUAAAAUUGAACAAGCCCUUAACUCUUCAAGGGAAAGAAUUCUUUUGGCUAAGAUUUCUGCAUGAAUGAACAAAAUUCCAAGAAAUCUCAAAUGAAAUUUUGUUAUUUUGGAGCGGGAACAAAAAUAUCUAAAAUGGCUUCAACAAAAAUGCUAAAUCUUCUAAUUAUUGAAGGUGGACCAGAAGUGGACCAGUUGUGCAUUUUGUUAUCAUUUGAAGAACAAAUGCAGAACUUGUCAAUGACAGGGACUUGAACCAGAAACUGGGCUCUUUUGGCUUAUUUUACAAACUUGAUUUGUGUUGGCUUGUAUGAAAUAUUUUUGCAGAAUAAGAAAAGCUGAUGAACUUGGCUUAAAUAGCUGCAAUGAACCUUAAGGUACAACUUGCAAAGUGGACCACACGCAGAGCUUGUGAUUACUGUUCCUCACGCAGCAUGGCUCAAGCAAAUCGCAGAAAGUUGCCAAAUGAAAAAUUAUCUCUCAUCUGACCGUUUACCACAUGCUGGUCGUUUCAUUUGUUUACAGACUUGAAUCCUGUUAGAUAAUUCAGGGUUUUUUAAAUCAUUUUUUUAUAUAAUUCAAGUAAUUGCUGAAAACUUUUAGUUAAAAUUACCUGUGCAAGAAAAGAUAUAAUUAGCUUCUCACGAAUGAUUUUUGUUAGUUAUAUAUUGAGGAAAGUACCUUAUGACUUGGGUAAACAGUAUUGGGUUGUGCAUUGCUGUUAUUACAGUUGAGGGAAGCAGGCUGUUUUAGAAUUAAAUUAUAAAAUGAGCGUCAGGGUUAGUAACUUAAUUUGUGGUGUUCUCCAUUUUUGUUUGAGUUAAUCAUUACAUGUACUGAAAUAAAAAUAUAAAUUCUAUCAAAUACAUGAAAAUGGGAAUUCAAAAUCCUUCCCAGCUUUUUGUUUCUUUGGUUUUACAAACCCCUUUUAACCUUUUAAACACAGACUGAAUCCUCUCGGGUUAAGAGUUGGCAUUGAUGCUAUGACAAAAGUGACAUUGGACAUAGAAAUAAAUACUUUUUGUAAAACUGAUCAAUGCCACUGCGUUAUUAUAUUGAAAAUUCGAGUUUGUCCACUGCUACAGUGAAAGAUGCUGCCCCAUGCAGUUCUU